AUGCCACUGGUUACUGUGCUUACAGAUGUGGACGCUGUCAUCGCGGCCAAGAAAGAGGUGACGGCCAUGGUUCACAACGCUGUCAAAACGGCUCUGGGGAAGCCUGACCAGUACAUCACGGUGGCGCUGACCAAGGCAGAGUGCAUCACGGUCGCAGGACAGGAGGCAUCCGUGGUUGUGGAGGUUGACUCCAUCGGUGGUGAUUUUGGCGCUGUCAUUGGGGCCAUAGCUGAUGGUUUGAAGGCGCAUGGUGUGGAGCCCUCCAAGGUGACUGGAACCUUUCGAGGUGUAUCUUUCAAGGAGUUUGCGAUGAAUGGUCGUCCUUUGGGCUGA